AUGAAACCUCUUUUUCAACAUUCUUUCUCCAUUAUUAUUUUCCUUUUCUCAGUAGCACUUUUGAUGAUCUCAAUCAUCAAUAUUCCAACAUGUCUUUGCGAGGAUGAUAACCAAUACACAAACUGCAAUAACGCUUUUACAUGCAAAAACAGCAACAUCUCAAAUCUCAACUACCCGUUUUGGGGAGGAAACAGAAAACAGUUCUGCGCUGGUAUUACUGGUGAUCCUAACACAGAGCUAACAUGCAAUGGAGGUGUCCCAAAGAUCACAAUAAAAAACGUCAAAUACAGUAUUCUUGAAUGGGACAAUACAACACAGAAGCUCACAGUUGCUAGGGACGAUUACUCGAGUGGUAAUGUUUGUGUUAUGAAUAACAAUCACGAGAACAGCACAUUUGAUAACACACAGUUCAGAAGUUACGGAGAUGUUGCUAACGUGACGCUCCUGUACGGUUGUGAUGUUGGAACUGGAAAUUCACCAAAUCUCUUUUAUGAUAUUAACUGUGGUGAUGGUAAAUAUGUUUUAUAUACAGUGGUUUAUUCAGCUUCGUACUCAUCCUUCUGUACUCCUAGUGUUACUGUCGUGAUACCGAUUUUGCAAACUCAAGCUGCACAACUUGGAUCUGGAAAUGGAACAGUGAAUGAUGCUUUUAAAGAUGGUUUUGAGUUGAAAUGGAACGGAAACUAUGGGAAAUGCGAGGUGUGUGUUGAUUCUGGUGGAGUGUGUGGCAAUAAUGGUGGAACUGAUUUCAGAUGUUUCUGCAAAGAUGGACGGCAAAAAAUUUCAUGCACUUUAGAAAAACCCUCAUCCUCGCGUUCAAUAGUGAAGUGGAGGUUUAUUGUGAUAGGUGCUGCAGGAUUUGGAGUAACAAUGUUCUUUAUUAUUAUUACAGUUUGUUGUUACCUUAAAAGGGGUAUAGGUAGACAAAGUUUUUUCAGAAAAAGAAGAAAACUUGUUGAUCAUGUAGAGGUUUUCAUGCAAAGUUAUAAUUCAUCUCUGCCAAGAAGAUAUACUUAUAUAGAACUAAAAAGGAUCACAAACUCAUCCCGAGAUAAAUUAGGUCAAGGAGGAUACGGUGUUGUGUACAAAGCAAGUUUACUUGAUGGUCGUCAAGUGGUGGUGAAAGUAAUAAAUGAGUCAAAGGGAAAUGGAGAAGAAUUCAUAAAUGAAGUUGCUAGCAUUGGUAGAACAUCACACAUGAACAUUGUGUCACUUUUAGGCUUUUGUUAUGAGGAAAACAAAAGAGCAUUAAUAUAUGAAUUCAUGUCCAACGGAUCAUUGGAUAGGUUCAUCUAUAAAAGUGAAUCUCCUAAUGCUAUUUGUGAUUUUGAUUGGAACACUUUGUUCCAAAUUGCAAUUGGCAUUGCUAGAGGACUAGAGUACUAG